AUGACUGAUACAGAAGUAGCAAUUUCUGGUACUAGUGGUGUUACAGGUGUUGAUACUGAAAUUGAUCUAUAUGCUGAUGUUGUUGAAAAUGAACUUGAUACAGAAACAGAUGAUAAUUAUGGAAUUCAAAAUGAACAUCUUAAACAUAUGCAACAAGAUGCUGAUUUAUACGAUGAUGUAAUAACAACACAAUCAGCAGGAACUGAUUUUACUGAUAUAACAAAUACUGUUAAUCAAAAUAAUCCUAAAAUUGAUCAAUCACAUGGAUUUCUUACUAGUGGAAUUUCAUUAUCGAAUGCAUAUGGCGGAAAACGCGUUUCACUUUAUGUUGGUCAGCUAACUUGGUGGACGACUGAUGCUGAUUUAGCAGAUGCAAUUCAUGAUGUCGGAAUAAAUGAUUUACUUGAAGUUAAAUUUCAUGAAAAUCGUGUUAAUGGUCAAUCAAAAGGUUUUGCUGUUGUUACUGUUGGUUCUGAAACAUCAUCUAGAAGUAUAUUAGAAAAAAUAUCAAAACGUGAAAUUCAUGGACAAAUACCAACUGUUUUACCUUUUAAUAAAAGUUCAUUGAGCUUUUUUGAAGGUACUAGUCGUAAAGACGCACCUAUGGAAGCAAUGCCACCAAUGGGUGUUCCCCCUCUUCGUCCUAUGAUGCAUCCACCAAUAGGUCUUCCAUUACCGAUACCUCGUGGUGGUCCUAUGGAUGGACCAUACCGUUUUUCACAUCAGGGACCUGUUAUGUUACAGGGUGGACCAGCUGGUAUGAAUCGUCCAUCAUUACAAAUAACUCUUGGUCAACGUGGUCCUGUACCUGGUGGUCCCAUGAUUCUUGGUCGAGUGGCUGGUCCACCUCCAUCGAUGGGUAUUCCUCCACAACAAUCUGUUAUUGUCAUGCAACAAACACAACGACCUGGUGGACCUCCAGGUACUAGUGGACCUCCUCUUAUUAGACAACCUAUUCGACCUGGAACACCAGGCGUACCUGUAUCUUCAAAUUCAAUGACUGUCAUGCCUGGUCAACAUCCGUCUGGUUAUUAUCCAGGUCAACAAGGCCAAGGAGCUCCUCCACAUGGUCUCUCUAUGCCUGGUCAACCACAUCCUGAUCCAUAUUAUCGUGGUGUUGAGAAUCCAGCAAAUAUGGUACCUAUAAGCGAAGCAGAAUUUCAAGAAAUUAUGGAACGUAAUAAAACUGUAUCAAGUAGUGCAAUUGCUCGGGCUGUUCAAGAUGCAUCUGCCGGUGAAUUUGGUACUGCUAUUGAAACAUUAGUUACAGCUGUGUCACUUAUAAAACAAUCAAAAAUUGCUCAUGAUGAUCGAUGUAAAAUUUUAAUUAGUUCACUUCAAGAUACUCUUAAAGGUAUCGAAGAUAAAUCUUAUGGACAAAGAGCACGUCAUCGAAGUCGUUCUGGAUCACCUCGUGAAUCACGUAAGAAACAUCGUCAUCGUACACGUAGUCCUCGUGAUCGAAAUGAAUAUCGACGUAGUAGUGAAGACUACGAUGGAAAAUAUAGUCGUGAUCAUCGACGACGAUGA